AUGGAGAGAGAGGGAAACGAUUGUGAUUUGGGAGGAGACGCAUCUCUUCCUUGUUGUUCCAUUUUGAGCUCCACCUUUUUGUUGGAUCAUGUUGGAGAGGUUAUUGCUAGCAUGUUCUCAGAUGGGUUGUCUUGGAAAUUGGUGGAGCCGGUGGAAAAUCAGGAUGUUUCAACUUGUUUAGGCAUUAGAUAUGUUUCCAAGAUUGCUAACGAGAUCGCACUUUCGGACAUAUAUGCUGUUGAGUUACUGGACAGUAGUUUGAUUCACAAAUCAAAUCUCCCUCGUACACUUUUCGAUCAUGACAUAAAGAUGUACCACUUUACCGUGCAUGGUUUUAUAAGGAGCAAGAGUCAACCUUCGCAGUGGAUCCUGACUGAAUAUACUUUUGGUCAUGAAGAUUUGCAAACAUGUCAAAUGUGGGUAAAUCAACUAAAUGAAUUGUUGAAACUUGAAGUUGGAAGACCAAGGAAUCUUCUGGUUUUUGUUCAUCCAAGGAGUGGGAAGAGUAAUGGAUGUAGAAACUGGGAAGCUGUGGCUCCGAUAUUCUCACGUGCUAAAGUAGAAACAAAGGUGAUUGUGACUGAGAGAGCGGGACAAGCAUAUGAUAUGAUGUCAUCUAUAACAAACGAGGAGCUUAACUCAUAUGACGGUGUUAUAGCUGUUGGUGGUGAUGGAUUUUUCAAUGAAAUCCUUAAUGGGUUUCUUUCUCCCAGGCUUAAAGCUCCCUACCCACCAACUCCUCCAGGUUUUGUUCAUUUGGCUAAAGAUAAAGGCGAUUCCUUGGUUGCGGAUGAAGAUGAAAUACUUGAAAAGACAUCAAGUCAAAUUGAAGACCACCUUCCUCUGAUUUCAAGUCCAAACCAACCUCGGUCUAUAAUAUCUAAUUCUAAUUCGGAAGAUAAAGCUCAUGGGUUUCCUGUUCCUAAUGAAUGGUUUAGAUUUGGGAUCAUUCCCUCAGGUUCAACCGAUGCCAUUGUGAUCUGUACAACGGGAACUCGAGAUCCUAUAACUUCCGCAUUGCAUAUUGUCCUUGGUAAAAGGGUGCACCUUGAUAUAGCUCAAGUUGUGCGAUGGAAAACAACUCCGAGAUCCGAGGUUGAACCUUUUGUGCGCUAUGCAGCUUCAUUUUCAGGGUAUGGAUUUUAUGGUGAUGUUAUCACAGAGAGUGAGAAGUAUCGCUGGAUGGGUCCCAAACGUUACGAUUACGCUGGAACAAUGGUAUUUUUAAAGCACAGGUCAUAUGAGGCAGAAAUAUCAUACCUAGAUGUUGAAUCGGAGGAAACCAUUCCGACUCCCAAAAGAAAUCGUGAAAGUAGCCUGUUAUGGGGAUUGAAAGCUCCACGCAGAUCAGAAAGAUAUAUCUGCCGUAUUAAUUGCAAAGUUUGCAAUGAAUCGCCAAAGAAUGCAGCCACUGAAAUUCGUAGCCUAACGCCUCAUUUAAAUUCAGAAACGAAAAGAUGGGUGGAAUGCAAAGGACGGUUUAUUAGUGUUGGAGCUGCAGUAAUCUCUUGCAGAAAUGAAAAAGCACCUGAUGGUUUGGUUGCUGAAGCGCACCUUUCAGAUGGUUUCCUUCAUCUCAUAAUGAUUAAAGAAUGUCCUCACGCUUCUUACUUAUGGCACCUGACUCAACUUACAAGAAGAGGGGGAAGCCCUUUGAAUUUCAAGUUUGUUGAACACCACAAGACCCCUGCAUUUACUUUCACUUCUUCUGGCAAUGAGAGUGUAUGGAAUGUGGACGGCGAGAUGUUUCAGGCACACCAACUCUCUGCUCAAGUGUUUCGCGGUCUCGUAUGCAUGUUCGCAACUGGUCCCGAAGUUUAA